UGUAUCAUUUUCUUAAAAGAUAUGUAUUUCAAAAUAAUUUUUCUUCCCCAAUUGAGGAUAAGUUAACUGAAGGAGGGUGUAAGAUUUUAGAUAUUGGAUAAGUGAUAUUUUUUAAGUGACCAUCUCAAAAUAUCGAAGAAUUUUAAGGUACAUAUAUUUAUUUAAAUGAUUAUUUAAUUUUAAAAAAGGUGCGGCCCUGGAACAUGGUUAUUAGAUUUAGCGAACAAAUAUGAAAAUUCAUAUUUUUUUGGAGUUGAUAUUAAUCCACUAUAACCACAAGAAAUGGACCUUGUUUUUGCACCAGACCAAUGGGAUUUUGUUCUUUCUGAGCUCAUCAGAAUAACGAAACCAGGUGGAUAUAUUGAAGUAGCUGGUAGUACUAGACAUGAUGGUCAUGUUGGCGAAGGUCCGAUUUUUCAUAAAAUAACAGACGCAUGUAAAUAUAUUCAUUGCUUUUAA